CACCACUUGGCUUUUCUUCCUUACCUCUCUACACACUCACCCCCAAAGAAGAGCAGCUGAAGAGAUACCAAGAUGAACACGCUACUGACGUUGGUUGCAAUGACGUGCACAUUGGCUGCAUGCGUCGACGUCGAUCCUGUUCAGGAUUUCGAUCUGCAGAGGAUGUCCGGCAAGUGGUACAUGGUUGGCAUGGCCACUAACGCGCCUUGGUUUGUAAACAAUAAGGACACCAUGAAGAUGGGUACGACAUUCAUGGUGCCAACUGAAGGGGGAGACAUGGACCUCACUCAUGCCCACAUAAAGGAGGAUAAUACUUGCUGGAGAAUGACCCAUCUCGCUAAAAAAACUGAAACUCCUGGACGCUUUACCUUCCAUAGCCAAGUUUGGAAUAAUGACAAUGACAUGCGAGUCGUCAGCGUCACGUACGACAACUUUGCGGUGAUCCACACCAUCAAGACAAAGGAGGGAGUAUCGGAGGUUUUGAACAAGCUUUACACUCGCUCUCCUGAGGUUAGCGUGGCCCUGCAGCAGAACUUUAAGGAGUUCUCCAUCGAGACUGGCGUCCUGGCUGAAAAUGUUGCCAUCCUGCCAAUUUCUGCCGAGUGUCCCGAGGCCUGAACAGUUUCCUCCUCAAUCUCGGAUGUGCUUGUCUCCAGCUUCUUUCAUCAAACAGCUCAGUAUUUCCAUUUUACGCAACUUUAACUGAAAUAGAACAAAUAAGAAGGGCAGAGAGAAAAUAUCUUUGCAUUCAUUUUAUGUUUUGAUCUGCUGAUUUGAUCGCGACUUUGAUUUUCCCCACAAGUCAAUAAAACCAAAAAUAAA